AUUACCGUCGUAUUAAGCCUUCAAGGCACGUACUCGUUCGAUAGGUAUAGCACAUCUGUGUGCUUCUGAUCCGCUUGUAUGUUCUAUGCAAACGUAUUAAUAAAUUACGUGAUCCAUGCGAACGGCACAGUCUCGUUCUAACUCUUGCGCAACGGGCCGCGGAACAGGCCGGCAGGAUAGCGUUCCAAUAAACGUCAAAAUGGAUCUACUCAGAAAGAUUAAUAUUAUUGUGGUGAUUACUACAUGCAUAUUACUCCAAGCAGAAGGAGCCGACAAAUAUACUGAUGAGAAAAGACCGUACGAAUUCGGUUUCACGAUUGACGGGCAGCAGCAUAGACACGAAAAGAAAGAUAAGAACGGCAUUAUCAUGGGAGAGUUCGGAUUCAUCACUGCCGAUGAUGUAUAUCAUGUGACAGUGUACGCUACUGACGAAAAUGGAAGAUUCAAAAUAAUUUCUAUGAAGAACAUACAUUUGAAAUCACAAUCGACAUCGCAAAGACAGGGUCACUCGUUGCAAAUACCGAACACACAAAACGCUAUAGCGUCAACUCAAUCGCCCACCCAAAAACCAGAAAACACCCUCAAAUCUAUAUCUAUAGAACCACCAGCUAAAUCCUGUUCGCAUUGCAGUCUGCCGACAACUUCUACAGUUGCUCCGGCAUCUGCUAAACCAGCAUUUAUCAAUGGUGGAAUUGGCGGCACAAAAUCGGACGUACAAAAUAAUCAAGUGCCAACUUACAAUGUAAAACAAAACAAUGCUGAUUCACAAUACCCUCAACAAGGAGAUUUCAAAAACUUCCCAGGUCAACAACUCAAUCCUCAAAAUGUAGGAAACCAACAAACUCCUGACGUACAAAAUAGCCGUACAAAUCAAAAUAAUAAACAAACACAAGGGGCUUCUGGAAGCUUCCUACCACUGAGUGGUAGUGGAGGCUCUCAAAAUGGUUUUAAGCAAACCCCUGUCCAAGCCCUGUCUACAAUAGCGAACCAAGGUGGAGACAAUCCAGAAUACCCAACUGGACUAAGGAAUAGCUUUGAUUCUCCACAAGGACAACAAAAUGAAUUCGGUGCUCCACAGAGACAACAAAACAGCUUUGGUGCACCACAAGGAAAUCAAAAUGGAUUCGGUGCUCCACAUGCUGCCGCUGAAGGCUUAGGAACUUCCAAGGGAUCAUCUGAUAGUAAUAUUUUCAACAACCAAAAUUCAAAAACACCUAAUUCAUUUAAUCAGGGCUCGGAUGAACAAAGAGGAACACGUGAUGAACAAACGGGUAGCAACGCUGGCGGUACAGCUAAUGAAAGAAUUAAUAGUAUUAACGCAGGUCAAACUACUACUGGGGCUGUUGCAGGAUCUCGUUCACCUAAGCUGUACAAUGUAAAACCAGAUCAAUCUUCCAAUGGCCUGAGCCCAAGAGAACAGUCUCGAUUCGGACAAGCCAGUGGCAAUAAAAUUAGACCAGAAAAUGGUCAAUCUAACAACGAGAAACCGACAUUGACAUACGCUCAAAUCCAAAUUGUUGAUAAGAAUACUGACAUUCACUCCAAACGCCCUGGAGAAAAAGACGGAUUACCUAACGGUAUUACCGAAAACGACAUGGUUCAUCUUCUUUAUACGUUCAAUUACACUUUAGGUUUUCAAGCACAUUUUGAAGAAGGAUACUCGAACGGCGUCAAACAAGGAUACUAUUACGUUACAGGACGAAAUGGAAUCAGAACAAGGAUCGAUUACAUAGCAGACGAUAAAGGCUUUAGACCUAAAAUAUCCCAAGAGGUGCUUGAUUUACUGUCUGAAGAUGUGCCGAAACCUGAAACAGAAAAAGACGAAAAAUACGGUCUGAAGGGCUAUGAAUUUAAAUGGUUAUAUUAUCCUCUCGAGUCUAAAGCGCGGUAGAACUAAAAAAAUUAUAUCAUACUAGUUUGUAAAUAAAUCUAAUAAUAAGUUAAAAAUACAUCACGAAAGUAUUACAGUAUAUAUAUUAGUUUGCUCUAAGAAUCUCUUGUAUUUUAAAAUUGGAUGUUCUUGUAAUUUGAUUUGUAAAGAUUCUAUUUAAUAGCCAUCCUUCAGAUUUUUUUACUAAUUAAAGAUAGUCAAAAUAAAUCAGCAAAACUUAUGUUUGUGUUACACAAUACCGUUUUCAUUUUCGUAAUAUGUGAAUUUAUAUUGAUUUAGAGAAGGUAAGAUAGGAUGGUACCUUUUCUACUCUUUAACUAUCGAAAAAACUUUUUGCAGUGAUUGUGUUCAAAUUUUUUUGUAAAGUGUAAUUAUACAGUUUGUGUUACAGUAUUCUAGUUUAUGCUUAGUAAGAAUGAGUAAAUAGACAUUCUGCUAAGUAAUUAAUAACGGUGCUGAAUUUAAAAUACAUAUCCCAUUAUCCAUAUAAUAAUAAUAUAUUAUACCUAUAAAUAAAUUUAAAUAUAAUCCAGCAAAAAUCUUAUUCUAUCUCUAAUCAACAUAUCAUUACUAAUUCUGAAAUAAUAUAUAUUCAUAGAAAUCGAUUUGUACUUAGAUAUUACUGUGUUAUUGGCGUUUAUUAACACAUAAAAUAUUUUUUAGUGAAAAUUUUAACUUAAUUGCAAUGAAAAUCCUUUUAAAGCGCCA